CAAGGCCGGCCUUACCUUCCUCUCCUUCUCUUUGCUUUCAUUCUCUAGGGUUGAUCCUCCUCCAUUCACGUUCGGCCAUGCAACUCUCUAUCUCUUUCUCUGCACUUCUGGCAGGCAUGCUUGUCGCUCUCAGUGCCUCUGAGGUUCAGGCAGUGCCCGUUGCUCAAGCACCCAAGAUGGUCACCCUCCCUAUCAAGCGGAUGGGUUCCCCAGCCAGUGACUUGCAUCCGGAAAUUCUUCUGCAACAGAAGAUCAACCAUGCCAGCAAGCGCCUUGCUCUGAUGUCUGGUCGUGAAGCCCCCACGGAUGCUAUGAUGCAGGAUGCUCUGCGCAAGCGUGUCUUGGCCAUCGAGGGCGAGGAGGGUGUGGAGCGCCGCUUCAAUCGCUGGCAGGUCCCUCCCAAAUCCCAACAAGCUAAGCGCUUCAACCGCUGGAAAGUUCCCAACCAGCCCACUAAGCGUCGCGCCGGUGGAAACAAGGCCGCCGCUUCCCUCGCAGCUGCGGGUAGCGCCAUUGGAGGUCCUGAUUCCGCUGUUGGUGUACAGGUUGCCAACACCCCGACUACUGCCAACUCGCUGGCUUUGAACAACGAGACUCCCGACAUCGGCUACCUCGCUACCGUGCAGAUGGGAACUCCUCCCCAGAACUUCCUGAUCCUCAUGGAUUCUGGCUCUGCGGACUUGUGGGUGGCCUCCGAGUCUUGCGUGUCGACUACCGGUGGCAACUGUGGUAAACAUUUGACGUUGGGCGCCACUUCAUCGACCAGCUUCGCGGCGUCGAACACUCCGUUCCAAGUCACUUACGGAACCGGUGCUGUGCAGGGUCUCCUCGUCCAAGAUGAUGUCUCCAUCGCGGGGCUGACGCUGAAGGCUCAUACCUUCGGUGCUACUCUGCAGGAGACCGUCCAAUUCACCGACGACAGUGUUCCGUUUGACGGACUGAUGGGUCUCGCGCAGUCAACUCUUUCUCAGCAGCAGACCUUGACCCCGGUUGAGGCGCUCGCCAAGCAGGGCUCUAUCACCGAGGCCAUCACGUCUUACAAGAUCUCUCGGGCUGCCGACGGCCUGAACGACGGUGAAAUCACCUUCGGUGGGCUGGACGCAACGAAGUUCAACAAGGCCACGUUGACCACUGUCCCCAAUGUCAACACCCAGGGCUUCUGGGAGGCUGCCGUCGAUUCGUUCACCGUGGAUGGCAAAGAUUCCGGUCUUGCUGGUCGCACUGCCAUCCUCGACACUGGAACGACGCUCAUCGUUGCGCCCGUCAGCGAUGCCACCGCGAUCCAUGCUCUGAUCCAAGGCUCGGCAUCCACCGGAAACGGAGGAUUCACCAUCCCGUGCAACUUCAACCAGACCAUUGCCUUGACUGUUGGGAAAACCUCCUUCGCGAUCGAUCCCCGUGACAUGGUCGUCUCGCAGCCUAACGCUCAGGGUGUUUGCUCCAGCGGCAUCAGCGGCGGUAGCUUCGGAACCAGCAACACCGAGUGGCUUGUUGGCGAUGUGUUCCUCAAGAACGCUUACUACUCUACUGACGUUGGCAAGAACACCGUCUCCCUUGCAAAGCUUGUUUGAGCGCGAUAUUGGACUAUCCAGGGACUUUAGAUACUGAUCUAGCAUGUAUUUACUAAAUGGACACGAAUGAAACGGGGAUACAGGGC